UUUUUUACUUUCAGUCAGGUUGCAAGCAGGUUUGAAUAAUUGCUGUGGAUUCCACCGAGGAACCAAAACUUCAGAGUGUAACACAUUGCUUAAAGACGCCUCUGCCAGCAGCGAUUCACCUUUAUCCAGCUCACGUUACACGAGUUACGGCACCGCACGUGGAAAAACUGGGAGCGGCGCGAUGCGGAUGCCAGGCCCAGGAGAGGGCCGAGCCCAGGGACUGAGGGCGCCCGACAGCGCAGCUUCCCAGGGGCGGGGGUUGUUGUGGGGAAACCCCGCGCUGUGAGCAGCGCGCGGGAGAAGCCGUCCCCGAGGCCGCGGCCUGGCCCGGCCCCGCCCGCCUGGCGCGACGCUCCCGGCACCAUGGCAACAGCGGAGGCCGCCGGGCCAGGCCACGUCGCGCCGUGCCAGACUCAGCGCCCCGCCCCGCCCGGCUGCUGCGGAGGCAGAGCCGUUGCCGCCUUGAGCCGAGAGUUGGGCUCGCCCGAGAGCAUGGGGGUGAAGAUGGAGAGCGGCGGCGGCAGGCGGAGCCAAGUGAAUGAAUACUCAGCUGUUGUCGUUCCCAGAUGUGGUCCAGCAAGUCCAUUUAAAGGACAGCUAAGUACUAAAAGUAAUGCUUUCUGCAUCGACUCCUCCCGAAGCCUGACUAACCAGUACCUGAUCAGAGAUCACUUGAUGUUUCAUUAUAACAGAAUUCUUUCAGCCAAAGCAGCUGUAGACUGUUCAGUGCCCAGAAGUAGGUUGAGCAGCAUUAAACUUGCUGACCAACAGAGAAGAGAGAAACUGAAAAAGAAGAUAGCCAGGUAUGAAAAAGAAAUGAGUGUGGGCAAAAGUGCCUCACGAUCCAGCUCAAGAGAAAGUGGAAAGCUGCUGUCAACCUGUUUUGGAAAGAGUCCCUUGGAAGUAGAAGAUAAAGACAGUCUGUUCUCCAGUGUUGAGCACACACCAUACCUGUCAAGAGCACUGUCACCUUAUGGUGAGCUUGGCUUGCUUCACUCCAGUCCAGUGGAACGUGCCAGAAAACAUUCUCGGAAUAGAUCCAAUGCAUCUAACUCAAACUCAAGUGUCAGUGUGUCAAGCACACCAAGAAAACGCUCCGGAGUUUCAAGCCGUUGCUCCUCUGAUAGCUUUGUGAGCAUCAGUCGUUCUCAGAGGCGUCAGGAAAGCAACUCCAAAAUAUACAGUGGGGAUCUUCUGGACAGACACUCAGAAUUGUUUACCAGCAGCCAGAAACCUUUUACUCCACGCACCUUAAUAUCAGAUGCUAAAUCUGCCCUGCUCGGGUAUAGGUAUUACACUGCUGCUCAAAGGAAAAGGAAAAAGCACUGCAAGCAACAUGUGGAAGCUGAAACACAGACUGAUGUGAUCAGCUUUCCAAGUGCAGAUAAAGGAUCUGAGAAAAAAGUUACGACUGAACAGCGGAAGAUGACAGUGAAGAGUGAAGAUAAAAGAUACAAUAUGGAUGAGCCUGAGAAAGAAAUAGCUGCUUUUCCAUACUCCUAUCUAAGAGAGACAUCAUUGUAUUCUGAGCAGCUUUCAGCAAGGAUGAAUACUGAGGCUGUAGAAGAUGACCGUUUAUAUUUAACUUUCAUUGAAGAUAUAACAAAUGACAUUCUUGACAUUGGGCUGUUUUCCAACAGAGUUCUGGAACAAUUGUUCGAGUGUCAUAUACAAGAAAAUAAGAACCGUUUGGAUGAGAGCAAAAUGCGGCACCUGUUGGAUGUGCUUAAAGCAGACCUUGGCUGCAGCUCACGGAGUGGUGCUGAGCAAAUCCACGCAGGCUGGGAAGCCAUUGAGUCACUGGAUCUGGGAAAGUUUAAUGUGAUGGAACAGCUCAAGUUUUGCAGUAGAAGUAGGAAGCAAGGAAAAACUACAAAAAGUGAAGAAUUCUUUAAGACCAUGGAUUUGUUAUCAAAGGAACCAAGCGUGUAUGAAGUGUCACUAUGCAAUGAAAAUUCAAAGAAGACAGGGAGCAAGGGUGACUUUUCAGAAGAUGUUGAUGAAAUGAUGAAUGCUGAGACAGAGUCUCAUGCUUGUGUGAAAUCUGAAGACCCAGACGCUUCACCCUCAUGUGAGGAAACUCUAAACUUGAUUACUUGUGACAGUGAUUUGGAAGCCAACAAGGAACUUCAUGAUCUUGAGGAAAACUUUGCAGAGGUCCUUCAGAUCACACAUGACCACUCAUCCUAGUGGCCAAAAUUUAGCUGUUAAAUAGGGAGGAAGCUAUUUUUGUAGAGAAUUGCCAUUCACUAAAUAAAGAGAAGUAAAUUGUUUAUCUUCAGGUGUUUUAACAGAAUCACUGAAUUCUCUUUAGCAGAGUAUUUAUUACAGAUCAGUGAACAUUUCUGUACUGAUGUAGACUGUAAAGGGUAAAAUGACUGUUAAAAAAAAUACUCUGUAUAUUUUGUCUAUAAAUGUAUAGCCCCAAACUAACUUUUGGGAAUAGUAAAAUUAGGUGCAUAUUUUAUAGAAAGCUGCAGAGUUAUGAAAUAUUUGUUUUUAUUUAUGACAAAUAAAAUUAAUUGAUGACAUUUCUAAUAUAAUGGUGGUCCAUGUUAUAACGAAGCAAGAUUUUUGUAGUUUGCAAGAAGAAUUCAAUUUACCAACACUGAAAUAUGACGUACUACUUACCUGCAGAGCAGAGACAGGAAUGUUUGUUCAGCCUGGAAGAAGGCAGCAUUAUUUCCUCUCUUCAUGUUCAGCCAUUGUUCGAUGUUAAAUCCCACUGGAGCAUGAAGUUCUUAUCUUAUUUUUUUUUCUUUUCACAGUACCUUAGAACAUAGCAAACAAGGUUUCCUUGCAUUAGCUUGAAUGAAAUGAGGUUUGAGUAUCGACAGGCAACUUUCCAAAAAUAAGCAUUUCUUUAUGAUAUUGCUAGCUGAACAUUCCUCCUUUCUCAGCUAUGAACUGAAUUGUCUUAUUCCUUACAUCAACAGGUAUAAAAAACAUUUUGCAGUAUUAGCUGGUCUCAUGCCAGAAACAGAUGUAUAGUUCUAGCUGCUGCAUACAGCAGCUUUUAAGCUGCUCAGUACACCUGCAGCUUGUUUUAUGCACAGCUCUUGAGCUACUUAAUCCUACUUGUCCUUGAUUUAGCUGAUAAAUCUGGGAAGUGAAGACUGCAACAAUUUUCACACUGCAUAACACCAAAAUACAUAGUCCAGUUUCUUGCAUUGAUGGCAACCUUGGUAUAGCAUUCUGCAGAGAGUUUUGGGUUUGGAAAAAAAAGGUCCAAGAAAAGUUAGACAAGUCCAAAUGGCAGAGCUUAUCAACUUGCACAUGUAGCUACCUCCUCUGUGGCUCAAGAGCUUCUGUUAAACACUAUUAAACUUGUAAGCUCAGUGACUGAUUGUAGUGUGCCAAAAGCUCCAGUAAACAUAGACCAUUGCUUCAUUGUGAAGCGUAAGCUUUUUUGGGGAAAAAACAAAGAACAAAAAACUCCCAAAAAUUCUUUCAAAAAGCCAAAUAAAAGCAAUGCUUCUGGAACUCACCAAUGUUGCAGUGCAGUGUAUGUUUUCCAAGAAAAUGAAAAGGCACUUUCCUGGCUGUCUUGGUCCUAAUGAUAAAUCACGCUUGUUGACAGUGACAGCAGAGUGUUUUAUUUUACCCACGUACACGUGGCUGAGCAGAUGGGUCUUUCGUCUGCCAUGCUCAGCUGGCUAUCUUACAAAUCUGGCCUGCAGCGUGAGUGCCCUGGCUCACUGGAAAGUAGGGAUGAUGUGAGGAUUUUACAUUGCUCCAUCAGAGCCUGUCUCAUUGAGAAGACACAGCCACAGGACUGACCCAGUGCCAGCAUCGUUUGUCCCUCAUCACAAGGGACUGAAACCCUUCUCCCAUCCCCAGAGCAACUCCCUUUAUCUUCCUUAGCCCAGAAGUGAAGAGCAGAAUGCACCCAGACAAUUGGGUUGUGUUUUAUAUGAAAAAAAAUUAACACAGAGUGACGGGCUAGGUCUGGUGCCUAUAAAUAUGGUUUAUAUAUAGAACUAAAGAGUGUGGUGAGUCAUCUCCAGGUGCAAAGUCUUCUUGCUCCUCUGCCAUGACCACACUGGCUCCUGGAGCCCUCCCUCUGAGUUCUCCAACAUUGAUCCAUUAUGGAAUUAAAAAAUUUUCUCCCACUACUUUGUUGUAUAACCUACAUUAUAAAAAGGAUCACUCAGCAAACUUCGGCUUGUGGUCGACAUAAGUCUGAUUAAGUAUAAAUAAGAGAUUCACAUUAAAAUUCUGCAAAUUAAAGCAUAGCAGUGAAAGUGGUCAUGACUUCAGCAUGCAGAAAGGUGCAAAUAAUGACACAGUCAUUUCCUGCAGUGUGAGUAACAUGAAAAUAAACAAGUACUGUUCCUUGACCAUGCUUCCUGUGGAUGAGCUGUCUGAACAUUGGUGACGUUUUAUCUGGGUAGGUGGUAGUUAUAGCAGUAAAUAAAUUAAUAAAAACUGACCUUUUACAAAGAAACCAUCUGUCUGCCUAAACCACGAUUACAGAAAUUUCCUGGACAUUGAGUGAAAUACUCAGUAAGGAACCCCAGGAGAGCACAGUGAUGUGCUGAAAACUAGAGUAGUCAGCACAGGCAGGGGAACUGAUUUCUUGUACAACCACUCCCAACAGGUAGUAGGGAAAGAACAGUGGAGAUAGAUGUUAUCAAUAUGAAAUCAAUUAGCUUAUCUCACCUAUAGGUCCAAAAGUAAAUUCAGGCUAUCCCGGGCCUAAUACUUUCCUUGUUUCCUUAUUCACAUUUGCAUUUGGUGGUUCUUCAAAUGCAAGUUGUUUAAGCAAUUUGAUAGAGAAACCAGACCCACAUCACUGCUAAGAUUAAUCAGCAGUGUAAGCUUUG